CAACUUACCGACUGGCCCGUCCAGGAUUUCUGUCCUUCAGGCAAACUUCUAGCUGACCUUGGACCUGCGGGUACUGCACAGAGUGAAAUUGAUGCAAUCGUAGCAUGGUACGGGUUCGACCCUUUGCCUCAUUCCCGCGACAUAGAAGAGGAGGUGGAACAGAUCUUACAGGAAAAACGGACAUGGACAGAGGCAGAUGGCGAUUUGAAGUUACGAAAGGUCAAGAAGACCAGGAAUGUUGCAACUUUGUUGAUAAGACACUCGGACUCGUAUGCUUUGCAAUAAGUAAGGCCCGCUGAUUUAACGAACUACUAGCUGAUUCGAAGGCGGAAAUUGCAAUUGCUGCGAUGCUCGUUGUAACACUUGCUGUAGUUAUCCUGGAAGAGUUUCUUUAUCCUAUUUUGUUAAUACUUUUUGAAAUCUGUGUGCGUUGUUGAUACUUCUAAGUUAGUAGUCUCUUCUUUUUACUAUUGAUUUAUGCAUUCAAGAUGGAGAUCCUUUUCUUACUUCUAAGUCCGACUUCUGAGUCAGAGACUCCGCAACAAGAGAAAGCCUUGAGGAGGAUCGAUUUCACAAAAGAUCUAGAGGUCUUCUGCAUCGAUCCUGAGACUGCAAAAGAUUUGGACGAUGCGAUCUCAGUAGUGGUCCAUGCCAACGCAGACGAACAGC